GCUCACAGUUAUUCCUUCUUCUCUUAUUUCCAUCAUGCUCCUCCAUUACAUUGCUUUAGCAGCAGUCGUCUCUGGAGCUGUUCCUCAGACCCAUUCUGACGUUGUCAACGUCUUGAAUGAGCGCUUCAAUCUCGGCAAGCCUUCCGACGAUAUGGACAAGGCUGGGGUCCUCCUGCAUCAUUUCAGCAAGUCUCACGCCGGUCUUCUCGGGGAGCCUUGGAGGCCUUAUACCCACGAAGAAUGCGCCUUGUACAACUACCCCCGCUGCAACACUACUGCUGAUCGCUCCUGCGCCUACAUAUCGAAUAACCGUCGCAGGAACUUCCACGACGGUAACAUCCUUGUGUUCUCAGUCGACAUCGGUGGUAUCAUCUACGAUCCAUAUCAAAACGAGGCCAUGUGCGUUUAUUCUGAGGAUGGUGGUUCCGAUGACCGCACCAACCGCGGGUGCGGGUGCCAUGAAAAUGAUUCUGAUUGUCUCGCCAGAGGCACCAAUAACUCUUGUGUAUUGGAUAUCGAGGCAGGAGUGAACGAUCUUGGCAUGUGCUGGUGGGGUCCAGAGAACCUCAAGAGAAUGAUGCAUCUGCAGUCCUUCUCAAUGUACAACGAGGUUGUGCUCGAUACUGAUCCUUGGCUCAACAACCUACCGCAUAGUAUCAAUGCUUUCUUUUACAUACCAGGAGCGGCUCAAUUAUGCGAUACUCUAAAUGCAUACGACACAUUCAAUGCUAAAUACCCCGAUUCCCAAGUCCCUUUGGUGCAACUCGAUAUCACUGCUGAUGAGUCGCCAUUCAGCCUGUCUAAUUUCACGUCAGCGGCAGACGCUGAAUGCCCCGUUCAAACGGCCGAGCCGUCUUCUGCGAAAGACAGUUCUCAUUUGUCCAUACUCAGCGUGUUAAUCGCUAUCACUGUUAUUCUGAGCUUCUUGUAGGUCACAAGACUGUUCAACGUGUUGCCAAGUUAUAUCUGUAUAUGAUGUUCCUGUAUUCUCUAUUCUCACUCCCUCCUAUUACUACUAAUUGCACGAUGCGCGAUAUUUCUCGCCU